ACGAUAGGCUGUCUUUGACACUUGCAAUGAAGCGUACAAGCGGGGCCGCGUACCUUGCGGAGCGGGACGCUGCUUCUUACAAGCGGUCGGAUGCUGCUGCUUUCAAGCGGCCGGAUGAAAAGUCUAAGCCACUAGAGUCUAGGCCCGGCUGGGCUGCGAGGCAAUACGGGAACUUCCUGGCCGAACCUCCUACUAAGCCGAAAAUUUUCGACCCGAUCCUGUCCUCCACGUGCCCUGACGGGCCGUUGGUGGCGAAGGUAGUCACAGAUGACAUGGGCAAGGAGAAGGCGGGCAUGCCCACGUGCACCUGGUGGCAGUUCUUUGCGGACGGGGAGCCUGAGACCAGCAGAGGAGAUAAGCUCGACCUAUCGCAAAUCUCCAGCAAGAAGGAGGUGAAGUUGGUGGCUCUGGUGGCACAGAUGGUGGCCAAGGAGACCAUCGACGACGCCAGUUCCAACCAAGGCUACACCACUGCCAAGGGACCCUCGCCCUGGACAGCGGCGCUGUGGUCUGAGGACAAGGAGCUGGUUCGCAUCCGGCGGCCUGAGGGUCUGCGGACCACCGGGGUGUGGCUGGUGGCAACUCUGCAGAGGGACGGGGAGGGCUGGAAGGCGGAUGCCGUGGACGAGCUUUAUCCAGAGAAGCGCCUGGAGGCUGUGCUGAUGCUGAGGUUCAAGGACUUCGUGAAGAAGGAGGAGGAAGUGGUGGAGGAGGAUCCCAUGGCCGCCACACGCAGGAUGCUGGAAGAAGCCAUGGCAUGAGGAAAUAACCGGUCCGAUGCUUGAAGACUUGGGCAGAGGAGAGGGCCAGAACCUGUUCCAUCAUCUCAUGUGGCUUUGGUUUCUUUCGCCUUUCGUCCUGGUUGGUCUCUUGUGCUUUUGUGGGCUCAGUGCUGCUUUUUGCCAUGGCUUGCGCGCCAUGGGUUCAGCAGAGCCUGCGCAGAAUUCACCGAACAUAUCUCACCUGAUCUGAGGAACAGGAAGUCCUUGAAGUUGUUUGGGUC